CGGACGUAAUGUCUGUCGAAAUGUUUACAAUAUUUUUGGUAAACAAUUGACUCGUUUUGAGCGGAAAUCACCGCAAAUCUGAACCCAAACUGCAAUCAAAUGAAUAACUACUUAACCACUGAUACCACCGAUGAGGAGCUGAUCCGCAGGGAGAGUCUUCAGCGCCGACACUAUCACCUCAACCACGAGUUGCAACAAAUGGCUCACGAGUUGCCUAAUCUAUAUCAACAGCGGAUGCCAUACGAGUUGUUAUCCAAUUUAGCCAAUUGUCUGUUGGACACAUCCAUCGGGCAGAUCGUGUCCGGACUCAAAGACAUCCAACACAUCACCGAAAAGACACUGUUUGAGCGCCGCAUGAGAGCCGUCGGACACUUCAGAGAGAUGAAAGUGGAUCAGCAGAAGAAGCACCGAAUGGCACAACAGGACGGGUCGAUGAACGCGGAACAGGUGGCUCACGAGGAAAGGAAACUGGACCGAUAUAUAGAGGACGAGACCAACAAAAUCGAUAUGAAGACUAUCACCGAAUUAGAUCAGGCGGUCAGCGAACAACAGGUGACCCUCGAGAGGGCCGGUGUGCCCGGCUUUUACGUGACCAACAAUCCCACAGAAAUCCGGCUCCAGAUGUAUAUCUUGGAGUUCAUUGCGAGG